AUGUGGCAGAAAACUAUGCCAGUUCCUGCUUUUAUUUACAAACAACUGCUUGUACUUUCAGUAUGGAAGAUGCCAACGACGAUAGCAAGAUGGCUGACUUACUAUCCUACUUCCAGCAGCAGCUGACCUUUCAAGAGCCUGCACUUAAAUUGUGCCAGCCAGAGUAUGAUGUUACUCAGACUCAUAUCUCAGAGCUCCCUAUGGAGGUACUGAUGUAUGUUUUCCGCUGGGUGGUUUCCAGUGAGCUUGAUCUACGAUCAUUGGAGCAAUUAUCCUUGGUCUGCAAGGGCUUUUAUAUUUGUGCAAGGGAUCCUGAAAUCUGGCGCCUAGCAUGCCUGAAAGUAUGGGGCAGAAACUGUGUGAAGUUGCUACCUUACAUCACCUGGAGGCAGAUGUUUCUUGAGAGGCCCCGUGUCCGCUUUGAUGGUGUGUAUAUUAGCAAGACUACAUAUAUACGCCAGGGAGAGCAGUCUUUGGAUGGAUUUUACAGAGCCUGGCACCAAGUGGAAUAUUACAGGUAUAUGAGAUUUUUUCCUGAUGGUCAUAUUAUUAUGCUGACCACCCCAGAAGAGCCGCAAACAAUUGUACCUCGUUUAAGGACAAAAAAUGCAAGAAUUGAUUCUGUGCUGCUUGGCCAUUACCGUCUGACUCAAGACACAGAUAACCAAACCAAAGUUUUUGCAGUUGUAACCACCAGGAAGGAAGAGAAACCUACAGAGUACCAAAAAUAUCGUUACUUCCGCCGUGCCCCAGUGCAGGAAACUGACCAUAGCUUUCAUGUGGGGCUUCAGUUGUGCUCAAGUGGUCGAUAUAAAUUCAACAAGUUGGUUUGGAUUCAUCAUUCUUGUCAUAUUACUUACAAAUCCACUGGAGAGACAGCGGUAACAUCAUUUGACAUUGAUAAAAUGUACACACCACUCUUCUUUGCCCGUGUGAAGAGUUACACUGCUGUAUCAGAGAGACCCCUCUAA